AUGUCGGACAAGAUCAGUCGAUUACCGUUAGAGGUUCUCCUUUCUAUACUUGCCCACCUACCUUUUGAGUCACUUCUUGCUUUUGGGGGAACUUCUCGGAUGAAUUUCAAGUCCCAUGCCCUCUGUCUCAGACGUCUUCGGAUCGGCGUGUUUGAAAAGCGAGUUCACUCGGUCAUUUCUCUGCUUCAAGCAGGCUGGGCAACUCCCGAUCAGCUAUCUCUGUCACAGGAAAGUGAUGGUCCUGGGGGCGAUUAUACCAUUUCUGUGAUACAACCGGGCAUCUACAUGCAACAAGAGCACAGUGAGAAGGCACAUAUCAAGUCCAGAGAGUGGAGAAGGCGAGCUAUCACCCCCCGAGAAGCACUGGAUCAGACAAUCAGAACUCAGAACAAGGUUCUUUCUCGGUUGGUGAAUCGAUAUGGCUCCUCGCUAGUAAAGCUUGAAUUUAUGGCCUACGAUAUCGACUUGCAUGGGGCAAAAGCGCUAGGUACCAGAUGCAGGCAUGCACUCCGCCAUCUCGCUCUUCGCUUCGAGCAUCCUCAUAUUCGAGACGGGCCAAUGAGACCAACCGCCUGGUACCAUCCUGCCCCCGGCAGCACGGCAUGGAACGUGCUGUGUGGUGUAGGCAACUACAAAGCUAUCGGAUUGACUGGUUUGGAGACUCUCAUAUUAGAGCGGUCCGGCAUCACGCCGUGGCAACUGAUGAUGCUUGUGAAGAGAAAUCCAAAGCUCAGAGUUCUGAAAUUGAGAACAUGCCGUGGCGCUGAGCCGGAAUUCUUGGAUUGGCUGGGGGGUAUUCAAAAGGAUGAGGACGAUGCAGUGACAGAUGAAAGCCAGCCAGCGCCUGGCGCGAAGCUGGAGGUUCUCUGGCUGGAGAAUUGCAAUCGAAUCCUCACUCCAGUUGGAGACCAAGGGACUGACACAGCUACAAGUAAGUUGCUCCUUCGGACUAGCUAUUCUAGGUGUUGCAACAAGCUGACGAUUUAUACCCUCCAGUCUCUAUCUUUCAGGGAAUGUGCAUGCAUCUCGUCGGAAUAUGUCGAAAAAUCAAGUAAAACCAUCUGGGAUAUCCCCGAGGUCAUUUUGCCAUAUGCUUUCGUUACACAAAAUACCCCGAUUGAGGUUGAUCCUCUUCUUUCAUAG